AUGGACAUCCCAACCCUGCCCAGCAAGGUCCCAGGCUACGAUUUGUACAUUGAUGGAUUUCAAGCCUUGCGUCGCCCGAAGAUCCUCCAGAACUCCAACAUCACUCACGUUGUUUCAGUAUUAGACUGGAAGUUUCAAAAAGACUGGGCCUCUCUUCGCGGUUUCCAACACCUGCACAUCCCUCUGGACGAUGUCUACGACUCGAAUAUUCUGUCCUAUUUCCCACGGAGCAAUGCCUUUAUUCACGAAGGUUUAAAGUAUUCGAGAUCCCGUCAACUUGAAACCUCUGGCACCUCCCUCAAAGAUGGCUCCAACGACCCAAUCCCGGGCGGAGUCCUUGUGCACUGUGCAAUGGGCGUAUCUCGUUCAGCGACAAUUGUCUUAGCCUACCUUCUCUGGCACUCCCGCCAACCAGCCAACAUCAUCUACCCUCAGUCUCAAACAACUACCACGGCCCAGUCUCCCGCCAUGUCUUCGCCGUCAUCAUCAGCAUCCCCGCCAGAAAUGGUCUCCCUGCCACCCACGCCGCUGACUGUGGACACGGCACUUGCGUUGGUCCGUGAAGGCCGUCCCCAAGUUGAGCCCAACUCGGGCUUCAUCAAGCAACUCCGCAUGUACGAGGCCAUGGGCUGCCCGACGACGCAGGAGCAGCUGGAGAGCCACAAGAUUUACCGAAGAUGGAUGAACUCGCGGAAUGUGCUGGACGCGCUGAGCGAAAACCGGGCGCCAGAGAUGGACCACAUUAGUUUUCGCGACGAAGAAGACGACGACGAGAACGGCCAGGGGGACGGUGCUCAAGGAUUAGGCCAAGCCUGCGCAAACGCAGGCGACAGAAGCGACCCCUUUAGCGACAGGGUGCAGAGCCUCACCUUGCUUGACCCGGACAGCGACGAGCCGACCGAGAUCCUAAACCCGGACAUUACGCUGUCGUCGCCCUCGCCGGCGCCUCCCCUACCGGCAAACGUCGAGAUCAAGUGCCGCAAGUGCCGCCGCCUGUUGGCCAGGUCCAGCUUCAUCCUGCCUCACAAGCCUCCGGCGCACCGUGACCCCUCGGCAGCCGUGGGCGCUGACCCUUGCGCGCACAUCUUUCUCCACCCUCUCUCGUGGAUGAGGCCCAUCCUCUCCCAAGGCCAACUGGACGGCCGACUGACGUGCCCGACACAAUGGUGCGGGGCCAACAUUGGCAAAUUUGCGUGGCAGGGCCUGCGCUGCAGCUGUGGCGGGUGGGUGACGCCUGGUUUUGGAUUGGCCAAGGGGAAGGUGGACGAGGUGCGCCGCCAUGAUGUAGGAAGCUCUACACGGGCAAUAAAAGGAGGACCACCAGGCUCAGGCCAGGGCCAGGGAUCUGGGAGUGGACAUGGAAACGGAGACGCCACGAAACCAGUCUUUAACUCUACGAGUAGCAGUGGUGCGGUGAGGUAUCCUCCUGGAAUGAGGAGGGCGGGGAAUGGCAACUUGUGA